AUGCCUUGGAAACGAAUGGAAGAAGCGCUCCUCAUGGAGCAAUACCCACACAGCAAAGUAGCCGGUCGCGUCAAAAAUGUCGGCAUGACCUGGAACUCCAUGGCGCUCGUUAUGAACAAAAACAUCGUCAACCGUCGACUGCCUCUCAGGGAACGCUUCAACGGCUCUAUGGUACGCAUGCAAUUCAACAAGCAUCGCGAUGAGAUGUUGCAGUUCUGGGGCGAGGAUGGCGAGUUAGCUGCGGUUUUCGCUGGCAGAGAUGAUUUCGAGGCUGCGAAUAUUCUGAUGAUGAUGUCGAUGUCGGAUAAGCCGUCAGCUCAGACACAGAAUAAGAUGCAGAAUAUGCCUGAGAGGUUUGUGGACGGCAUUCCAGAUGAUGAUGAUGAGACUAUUGAGGAUCCGAAUUUGAUUUGUGAUAGCACUGAUGAAGAAGAAGCCGAUGCUAUCCUUCAAUAUCGCGGUCGAAGGUCCAAGGAAACGGAGUCAGAUGCCUCUUACACCGAAACCACAGACGAGGACUCCGAAAUGACCGAUACACCCGCCUCCUCCUCCUCGUCCGAUGAAAGCAACUCCGUCCAAUACGGCCCCUUCGGCGAACCCAUAAACCACGGCAUGACCUACGGUCCCGACGGCAAACCCCUCGGUCCACCGGACUAUACUCAGUACGCACGAUACAUCCACAGCCUAGAGAACGGCGGCACCGAAUAUGACGAGCGCGACAUCAAGAAUGCCAGAUCUUGUCUCAAGCAGACCGGUCACAAAUUCCUCGCGACAAAAUCGCAUAUUGACCGAGACUCGCCUGUAGGAUCGCCCCUAGGCCGGCACGGUAAGAGUAUUUCGGAUAGGUGGGAGGAGUUGGGUGCGCUUUUGAAUGGCGGGUAUUAA